GAUCUCCCCGGGAUCUCGCCUGCACAGAGGACCGAUUUGGGCUUCUGAUAAAGAGACGGUCUUAGACAUGGGGAACUCCACAGGAUGCACCGUGGACGAUCUACAGGCUGUCGAGAUGCACCUCUGGUACAAGAAAUUCAUGACCGAGUGUCCUUCAGGUCAGUUAACGCUCCACGAGUUCAAGCAGUUCUUUGGACUCCGAGGUCUCGAUCCAGAGGCCAACGCUUACAUCGAACAAAUGUUUCGCACCUUUGAUAUGAACAAGGAUGGAUAUAUAGACUUCAUGGAGUAUGUAGCGGCACUUAGCCUCGUAAUGAGAGGAAAAAUGGAGCACAAACUGCGCUGGUACUUUAGACUUUAUGAUGUGGAUGGCAACGGAUGCAUAGACCGACAUGAACUGCUCAACAUCAUAAAGGCAAUCCGUGCCAUUAACGGCAGUGAAUCUCAAGAUGUGAGCCCUGAAGAGUUCACCAACCGAGUGUUUGAGAGGAUGGACGUGAACGGAGACGGUGAGCUGUCGCUAGAGGAGUUUGUAGAAGGUGCGCGGCGGGAUGAAGAGUUCAUGGAGGUGAUGAUGAAGAGUUUGGACCUCAGUCACAUUGUGGCCAUGAUCCACAACCGCAGAAACAGCAUGUAAACACUAGAAUCUUACCAAAAUGUAUGAAAAAAAGCUCAUUUUUCAACAUCAUAGACGGUCUGCGCUUCAGUACUGUUUUUAACAUACUCCUGUCACACACCGUCAGUCAAGAUCCCUUAAUACUUUUUAAAGUUUUCCUGACACAGUUUUCUUUUUAAUGCAUGGUCUAAUAGCAUUACCUGCUAAAUAGCAAGUCUUUAAUUUAUUUAGUGUUUACACAUGGUCACUGGUUUUAUCAGCAGAAAAUUAACA